CAUUCCUGAAGCGUCUCGCUGUCUCUCCUUCUCUGUUCUUCCAAGACCAAGGCGGAAAGAGGAGGAAAUUCCCCAAAAACCGCUCCUUAAUUCUCUCUUUCUGCGUUUGGAGCACAUCAGGAAGCACUCAUCCAGGAUACUCAUGGCUAAAAAUAAAAUGAAGACUAUGGAUUCUUUCUAUAAGAAGAAAAUUAGACUUGAUGAGGCAUUGGUUUCAGAUGUUGCUUGUCCUGAUUUGGAAGAAGCAGAGGGAGGGGGAGGGGGAGAGGAGGAGGAAGAAGAAAAAGAAGAUGAUGGAGGGGAGGAGGAGCAACCUGUUGAGGAGGAGGAAGAAGAAGAGGCUCCACUUAGAAUUAAUAGGGUCAAUGAUGGUAGUGGUGUUCUGGUAGUGGAAAGAGACCCAGGGCUGCGUUGCCAACUUUGGGAUCUUCCUGUCAAUGACCAAGAGAAAGCAAGAAAAGCGUAUGUGAAGUGUGGAGCAUAUCACUUUAAAAAGGAAAUAUACCCUCCUACUGGUCCAGAAAGCCACCCACGCAGGUUUCAAUAUCAUUGGUUCAAGGCAUUUCCUUGGUUAGAAUACUCACCUACAGAAAAUGCAGUCUUUUGCUUUCCAUGUUUUCUGUUUUCUAAGAAGCCACUUGGGAAAGUUGGAUCAGAUGUGUUCACUGUGAAAGGGUUCAAGAAUUGGAGAAAGGUUAACAACGGAAAGAAUUGUGCUUUCUUAACUCAUAUGGGAAAUAGUUGUAACUCUGCUCACAACUAUGCGGCCAAAUGUUAUGACAAUUUGGAGAAUCAACAAUGCCAUAUUGAACAGCUAAUGGAGAGACAAACAACAGAAGAUAUAAGAGCAAACAGGCUGAGGCUUAGGGCAACAAUUGAUACAUUGCGGUGGCUAGCAUUUCAAGCCUGCCCUUUCCGAGGACAUGAUGAAAGUGUGGGCUCAAAGAAUCAAGGUAAUUUUCUUGAAAUGGUAAAACUGAUAGCUUCUUAUGAUGAGGAGGUUGGUGCUGUUGUACUAGGCAAUGCUCCAGGAAAUGCAAAGUAUACUUCACCAACAAUUCAAAAAGAAAUCAUGCAUAUUAUGGCUUGUGAUGUGCAAAGUUCAAUCCGCAAUGAAAUUGGCGAUGCCAAGUUUUGCCUGCUUAUUGAUGAAUCAAGAGAUGAAUCUAAAAGAGAGCAAAUGGCCAUUGUUCUCCGUUUUGUUGAUAAACAAGGUUUCAAUCGAGAAUGUUUUUUUGAUCUUGUUCAUGUUAAAGAUACAUCUUCAGCAACUUUAAAAGAAGAAAUAGAUUUUGUUUUGUCCCAACAUGAUUUGGAUGUUCAAAAUAUUCGGGGACAAGGAUAUGAUGGUGCUAGCAACAUGCGUGGAGAGUGGAACGGUCUACAUGCCAAGUUUAUGGAAGAGUGUCCAUACACAUACUAUGUUCAUUGUUUUGCUCAUCGAUUGCAAUUAGCUCUUGUUGGUGCAUCUAAAGAAGUAACCGAAGUCCAUAAUUUUUUUGAUCAUCUUGCUCUUGUUGUCAAUACUAUUGUGUCUUCUAGCAAGAGAAAUGAUGAGCUGCAUGCUAAUCAAGUGGCUGCAAUGGAGCAUCUCAUUGAGCUCAGUGAGCUUGAAACAGGAAGUGGAGCAAACCAGGCCAGAACUUUGCGGCGGCCUUGUGACACUAGAUGGAGUUCUCACUAUGGUUCGGUUUGUAGCCUCUUGAAGCUUUACGGUCCUACAUUUUUGGUACUAAAAAAUAUUGCUACUACUAGUGGGUCAGGUUCUUCACCUUCUGCACGAGCUAAGGCUGCCGGUGCUGUUAGGUUGAUGAUGUCAUUUGACUUCGUAUUUAUUCUGCAUGUCAUGAAAGAGUUGAUGGGAAUAACAGAUAUGUUAUGCAAGAAACUACAGCAGAAAUCCCAAGAUAUUUUGAAUGCCAUGGAUGAUGUUUCCACUACAAAGAAAUUGGUACAGCAGCUAAGAGAUGAUGGCUGGGCUAAGUUGAUUAGUGAUGUGAAUUUGUUUUGCCAGAAACAUGGAAUUACUGCUCCAAAUAUGACUGACAACUAUGUUGAUUUCAUUCGGUCUCGUGCAGAUGAUCUCAGUACAGCCGAGCAUCACUAUCGGUAUGAUAUUUUUACAGUUGCAGUUGACCAACAACUACAUGAACUAAACUGCAGGUUCAGUGAACAAGCAACAGAGAUUCUCAUCCUCUGCAAUUCUUUGAAUCCCAAGGACUCAUUUAGUUCAUUGAACAUUGAUGAUGUAUGUUCUCUCGCCUCAAAAUACUACCCCGCUGACUUUUCAGAACAGGAAAGAAACAAUUUGAGAUGUCAACUACAACAUUAUGAGCUUGAUGUACCUACAAAUCCAAGGUUUCAGAAUCUGUCAAGUGUAGGAGAUCUUUGUCAACAACUUGCAAAAACAGGAAAAAUCAGUGGAUUAUUAUUUGAUUGACAGGUUAAUUCGACUUGUUCUCACUUUGCCUGUCUCAACCGCAACAACAGAACGUGCAUUUUCGGCAAUUGAAGUUGUUAAAACAAGACUCCGAAAUAAAAUGGAAGACAUGUUUCUAAGAGAUUGCUUGUUGAUCUACAUCGAGAAAGAGAUUGCGGUAGGAUUCUCAACUGAUGCAAUUAUUGAUGAAUUCAAUACAACGGACCGUCGCAUGGACUUCGAGUGAUAACUGUUAGUUCAUCAACGUCUAAUUGUACAUUUUGCUUCCAACCUAUUGAUGUAUAGAGAUAUGCCUAUGUUAUGAACACUUGGUUGGUUAUAUACUUACAUAUUUUGCUAUCUCAGUAUGAAUUUCUAUAUAUUCUUAUAAAUU